CACAGGCUCAUCAUUGCAGGAGUAUAGUCCCAUGUCAGGACAGUCCAGCUGUCAAACACACCUACUAUGCUCAGGUGUCUGUACCUAAGGACCUGGUUGCUGUGAUGAGUGCACUGAGAGAUGGACAGGAAGUUGAUCCUCAGGACAACAAUCGUAUCAUCUACAGGUUCAGACAGCCGGUGGCCAUGCCGUCCUACCUGAUAGCAAUCGUGGUUGGAGAUCUAGAGAGCAGAGUAAUUGGUCCAAGGUCUAGAGUGUGGUCAGAGAAAGAGUUUGUUGAUAAGGCAGCGUCUGAGUUUUCUGAGACGGAGGCCAUGUUGAUUACUGCGGAGGAUCUGGCUGGACCAUAUGUUUGGGGUCAGUACGACAUCCUGGUUCUUCCACCAUCUUUCCCAUACGGAGGAAUGGAGAACCCGUGUCUGACCUUUGCCACUCCGACACUGCUGGCUGGAGAUAAAUCUCUGUCCAACGUGAUCGCUCAUGAGAUCUCGCACAGCUGGACCGGGAACCUGGUGACCAACAAGACCUGGGAACACUUCUGGUUGAACGAGGGUCACACGGUGUACCUGGAGAGGAUGAUUGGCAGGCGUCUGGAGGGGGAACAGUUCCGACAGUUUAAGGCGAUGGGCGGCUGGAAGGAUCUGCAGGACUCUGUGAACACAUUUGGGGUCAACAACCCUCUCACUAACUUGGUUCCCAGUCUCCAGGACGUCGACCCUGACGAUGCCUUCUCCUCUGUUCCUUACGAGAAAGGCUUUGCUCUGCUGUAUUACCUGGAGGAGCUGAUGGGUGGUCCAGAGGAAUUCAUGGGCUUUGUAAAGUCGUACAUUCAGCUGUUCGCCUACAGCAGUGUGACGACAGACGACUGGAAGAACUACCUGUUCACAUACUUUAAAGACAAGGUUGACGUCCUGAACAAGGUGGACUGGAAUGCCUGGAUGUUCACUCCUGGGAUGCCUCCUGUCAAACCUCAGUAUGACACCACACUGGCUGACGCCUGCAUUGCUCUGAGUCAGAGGUGGAUCAAGGCCAAAGAUCUGAACAGCUUCACAGAGAACGACCUGAAGACAAUGUCGUCUCAUCAGCUGAUCGAGUUCCUGUCUCUCCUGCUUCAGGAGGAUCCUCUUCCUCUGACUCACCUGAAGAAGAUGCAGGAGGUUUAUGAUCUGAACGCCUGUUUGAACGCAGAGAUCCGCUUCAGGUGGCUGAGGUUGUGUGUUCGGUCUAAGUGGGAGGAGGCGGUUCCCAUGGCGCUGAAGAUGGCGACAGAACAGGGCAGAAUGAAGUUCACAAGACCGUUGUUCAGAGAGGUUUUUAACUUUGAAAAGUUCAGCGAUGAAGCCGUCCGAGUGUUUGUUGCUCAUCGAGCGGAGAUGCACUCGGUCACUUCUGGACUCGUCGCCAAAGACCUGAAGGUUGACGUCCUGAAAUCCACCAGUCUGUAAAAACCAAUCAGGAAGCAGCAUUUCUACACAUUAACCAAUCAGAGCUCUUCUCUCACCAAUCACUGUUUUUCUCUCAGAUUUAAUCGAUGAUUUGUUUUUCAGAUUUUCUAAAGAAAUAAAAUCUAUCUGAUGUGA